AUGAUUGCAGAGAUUGGCAUUGGGCUGACGCUGUUCGGUGUGGCAUUCUUUACGCUUGGUAUAAUUCUGUUCCUGGACGGUGCAUUGCUUGCUAUCGGAAAUUUAUUAUUUAUCAGUGGCUUGGUACUGGUAAUCGGCAUACAGCGGACAGUGGCCUUCUUCUUUCAACGGCACAAGUUAAAAGCUUCCACUCUCUUCUAUGGUGGCAUUUUCAUUGUAUUAUUUGGAUGGCCACUUAUAGGAAUUAUUGCGGAAAUCUGGGGCUUCGUCCUUUUAUUUGGGUUUUUUUUUUUUUGA